AUGACAAUAGAAGAUCCGUAUUCAUUAAUUAAAUAUAUUAAUGUAAUUAAUGCGAACAAUGAUGAUCAUGGAUAUCCAGCAAUACAUGCUUUUGUUGAAAUGAGAAUUUUAUCAAUGAAUGAAAAAUUUCUUUGUAACAUUAAUAACACAUUAUGCGAAUAUUAUAUCAAUAAAAAUGAAGAAGAUCAAUAUGUUUUAUUCUAUAAAGAUAAAAUAAGAGAAACACAUUUUAUGAAAUUUAUUCAUAAAUUAUCUAAAUUUAUCAAGUUUAAAAUACAAUACAUGGGAAUUCCAUUUGACUAUCUUCGUCGUGUUAGUGACAAUUGA